CUUACCUGUUGUCGCCCUUUGCUUGUCAGACGACUGAGAAGUAGCUAAACGGCCGAACUGACUGAGAUGGAGGACCCUGGUGGCACGGGAGCGCAGUCUGCAGCUCCAUCACCAGCAGGUGCAGCCAAGUCAAAGCUGGACACACUGUCCAAAGAUGACCUUAUCAAGUUUGCCAAGAAGCAGAUGGCUGCUAUGCAGAAGAUGAAGAGCAGGUGUGCAGAUUUGGAAAAAGAGGUUGAAUCCCUCAAACAGCAAUCCAAAAACAGUAACAGCAGUUUAGAUGACUCCACGCUGAUACAGGAGCUGACUGAGAGGAUGGAUGCCUUGCUACUGGAGAAGGCAGAAACUCAGCAAAGUCUUGCACUGUCCCGUAAAGAUCUGGAGAGGAAUAAGCAGCAAGCCAAGGAUGAUCUAGCAGUGCUGAAAGGAGAGCUUGACCGUGUGGUAGAAGACCACCAAAGGAAGAUCAAGACUCUAGAGAGCAGUAUUGAGGAAUCCAAAAAUAAACACCAAGAAGACGUGUCUUAUUUCCAGAAAUUACUGAAAGAGCGAGAAGAGAGUGACAGGCAGAGGGAGAGUGAAAGAGAGAGGGCGCGCCAAGCUGAACAUGCCAGUGCAAAAGAGAGCACCGAAGAAGUCCGCAGUUGCUUAGAAGUUCAGCUGCAAACCCUUCGAGCUGAACUGGAAGAGAUCCAUGAGCGAAAAUCCCAGGAGAUUACUGAGCUACAAGAGAGCCACCAAAGGGAGUUGACAGAAGCCCAGCAGGAGGUGGAGAACCUGAAAGAGGAUCUGGCUCAGAAAAGUCUUCAGCACGAGGAGGAAAUGAGGGCUCUGGAAGAGGAUUGCGAGAUCGAGAGGGAGCGUCUCCUGUUGCUCCACGAGGAGCUGACGGAGCAGCUCGCUCUCAAAGACAGCUAUCUUCAGGAUGUGCAAGAGGAAGAUGAGGAACCUGCCCGUGGUUCAGGGAUCGCCAAAAUGCUGGAGCUGUCUGGCAUAAGUCAGGGUGACUCCAGCCACGGUGAUGGAGAGGAGACAGAGACAAGCAGAUUGAGAGCUGCUUUGGAAGACCUUCAAGCCCAGAACACCAUGUUACAGGACGAGCUAACCCUGCUCAGUAAUGUGAAGAGUGAGAUGGAGGCAGAGCUGGAGAGGGCCAAGGAGGAGUUCCAGAUGGAGAGAGAAGAGCUGGAGUUCAAAAUCAAUGAGCUGCAGUUGACCAGGGAAAGUGCCCCCACUGACCCUGUAAUGACUCUCGAUCCUGACCAACAAGAGGUCCAAGGAGAAUCCAAAGAGUCUGCAGUGAAUCCAGAGGAGCAGCAGAAGCUGAACCAGGAGCUGAGGGACCAGUGUGAGACCUUGACCAGGGACAGAGACUCUGCCUUGGCUGAGUGUCAACACAUGAGGGAGAUACUUCAAGGUGUGGAGACAGAACUGGGUGAGAAGACAAAAGAUUUUGUUCUUCAAUACAAAGCCAUGAAGGAGCAGGCUACUAAUACUGUACAAGAACUCCAAAAUAAGAUUGAACAACUCAGCCAGGAGAGAGAUGGACUGUUGGUGAGGGUCAACAAGGUUACAGAGGAGAAAAACACGCUGAUGGAGAAUAUGACAGACCAGAAGCUGAACCCUGAAGGUUGCCCAGGUGAGGAUGAGAAACUCCAGGCAUCUUUGAAGCAAUCUGUGGAGGAGCUAACCAAGCAGAAUGAAGAGAUCCUCUCCCAAAUGCAAAUGAAGGAAAACAUGACUCAAGACCUUAAAGAGAUGGUCAACACACUGACUGAAGACCGAGACAACAUACAAUCCCUGCUUAAGAUGCGAGAAGAGGAAAUGCAAAAGCUGAACCAUGAGAGAACAAAAGAAUUUGAGAGGCUGCAGGAGGAGAAAGAGAAAGAAUCACUUUUGCUGAGAGAAGAGAAAGAGAAGCUGAAAGGCUUGAACAAAGAGAACGAAGAUGAAGUGCAGCAUCUGAAAGAGGAGAGGGAAAAGGUAGAAGAGAGGCUGAAAGAGGAGGUGGAAAAAAAGCAGGAGAUAGUUUCUGCUUUAGAGCUGACUAUUAAAGAGCUCUCCACAGAAAAGGCUGACCUCCAUCAGAAAGUAGAAGAGGCAUCCUCAGGGCUUGUCAAAGCCCAGGAAGAGAGGGAGCUUUUGGGCUCCAAGCUUGCAGCCCUGGAGGCUCAGCUGGAGCAGGAGACAUCUGAAAAGCAUCACCUAGAGGUCAGGUUGAACUCAGUGGCAGAGGAGGCAGAGCAGGCCCGCACCUCCAUCAGAGCUCUGGAAGAAAAUCAGAAUGAAGUACUCAAAAAUUCCACAGACGAGGUUGAGGAGCUCCAAGCACGCGUAGAUGAGCUAGAAAAGGAGAGGGAUCUUUUGAGGAGUAGUCUUGAAGAGGCUCAAGGGGAGAGAAGAACAGAGGACGUGCAAAGGGAGCUUCAUGCCCAGAUCAAAGACCUGGAACAAGAGAGGAACAUGUUGAGAAACAACCUGGAGGAGGUGGUGAAGGACACUGAAGGGCUACAAAAAGAUCUGCUGGAUAUGAAGUCAGUAAGUGAGAAGAUUAGUGAGGAGAACCAGAAACUGCAGGCCCAGAUUUCUCUGAUGACUGAAGAGAAAGAAGAGAAGGAGAAAGGGGAAAUGGAAAAUAUGGAGAAAGAGAAAAGAGAAUACAGAGAACAGCUGACGGAGAAAGACUCGCUUAUAUCUCAGCUGAGGAGCGAGAUGGCUGCUCUCCAGGAGUCUGGUGCCCAGCCUGCUUCCUCUGAAGAAACUGUAGCCAAUGAGAUCACAAAUAAAAUAGCGCUCCUGGAGAAAGGAAACAAGGAAAAGGAUGAAAAGAUGAACAAAAUCAAAGCGGUUGCCGUCAAAGCAAAGAAGGAGCUGGACAUCCAUAAGAAAGAGGUUGCAACCCUCAAGGAGGAGGUAGAAUCACUGAAAGCAGAGAGGGAGAAAGUGAACAGCUCUAUGAAAGACAUCAUCCACGGUGCUGAAGGCUACAAGAACCUGCAGAUAGAUUACGACAGGCAAACAGAGCAACUGGAUAAGGAGAGAGAGAAGGUGGAGGCGGCAGAGAGACAGAUUGCAGAGCUGACCAAACGACUCAGCAGCACUGUCACACAGAAGGAGACACUGAACAGUGAGAAAGAGGACCUGCUGGCUGGUAUGGAGACUGCGAGGAGCACAGUGAGGCAGCUGGAGGCCCAGAACCAGGAGCUGCAAAGACAGUCAGCCAGUCUGGACAAAGACCUGCUGGCUGAGAGAGCUAUGAAAGAACAGAAGAUCAAGGACUUGACAUCUGCCAUGAAGGAGGUAGAAGAGCUGACAGCCCAGCUCCGCAAGCAGCAGCAGCAGUCUCAGCAGACUGCCCAGGAGCUGGACCAGCUACGCAAGGAGGCGCAGCAGAACUCUCUGCUGGACAUGGAGAUGGCCGACUACGAGCGUCUGGUGAAAGAACUCAACGCCAAACUCUCAGAGAGAGAUGAGCGUGCUGAGGAGCUUAAGACCCAGAUAAACACACUCACCCAGAAAGAGGACACACUCAAGCAGGAAAUAGAGGCUUUGAAGUCCCAGCUAGACCAGGGGGAGGAGAAGACCUCCAAGAUGAAACAGCUGCUGGUGAAGACCAAGAAGGACUUGGCUGAUGCCAAGAAACAGGAGACCUCCCUUAUGAUGCUGCAGGCCUCUCUGAAAGGAGAGCUAGAGGCUCACCAACAGCAGCUAGAAAGCUCAAAGAUCGAGGUGUGCGAGUUGAUGGCGGAGCGCCAUCGUUUGCAGGAGCAGCUGAAGUCCGUGCUGGACCAGCAACAAAGAACCAGCAGCUCCCUGCAGCAACGCAUCAACAACCUGCAGCAGGAGAGAGACGCUGCUAAGGCCGAGCUUGUGGCAACAACAGGCGAGUUUGAGAGUUACAAGGUGCGAGUUCACAAUGUGCUCAAACAGCAGAAGAGCAAAACCACCGCUCAGAGUGAAGGAGACUCUGGCAAACUAGAGAGGGAGCAGUUGUCCUCUCAGGUAGAACAGCUGAGGUCCAGGCUGGCAGAAAGCCAACAGAGCCUCCAGAGCAACACAGCAGAGCUGCAGCAGCUCCAGACUGAACACGACACUCUGCUGGAGAGACACAAUAAAAUCCUCCAGGAAACUGUUAGCAAGGAGGCAGAACUCCGUGAGAGGCUGCUGUCAGUGCAGUCGGAAAACGUGGCUCUGCGGUCCGACCUGUCCCAGGCUCAGGCUGACCUGUCGUCGCAGGUCGAGGCCCAGCGCCAGACUUACAGGGAGCAGCUGAGGAAGCUGCAGGAUGACCACCGGGCCACCGUGGAGACCCUGCAAAGCCAGCUGACCCGUGUUGAGGAGCAACUCUUCAACCUGCAGAGCCAGAACAGUGCAGUGUCAGUCCAGACCAGCCGUAAACCUCUGGCAUCAGACCUUCAGCGGAGAAACACAGAUCAAAACCAGGCAGGGCUGGGACUAGUGGCCCUCAGCGACCUUCAGUCUAUGGCCAGGGAAGAGGGUGAGGGUAUGGAGACCACUGAGACUGAGAGCCCCUCUCCUGCACUUACACCCCUACCCUCUCUGGAGCAGCUUCUCACAUCUCCGGAUCCCAAACAAGAGCCAUUUGUGUGGACAGUGGAGCCUACUAAAGAAGAGCUAAAUCAAAAGCUGACCACAGCCACCCGCAGCAUGGAGCAUAUGAAUAGCCUGCUGCAUGAAACUGAGGCCACGAAUGCAGUUCUCAUGGAGCAGAUCACUUUGUUGAAGAGUGAAGUACGUCGUCUAGAGCGGAACCAGGAGAGGGAGAAGAGCGUGGCCAACCUGGAGUAUCUGAAGAAUGUCCUGCUGCAAUUCAUCUUCCUGCAAUCUGGCAGUGAGAGGCAGGCGCUCCUGCCCGUUAUUCACACAAUGCUGCAGCUCAGUCCAGAGGAGAAAAGCAAACUGGCUGCCAUUGCACAAGGUGAGGAGGAGGGGUCCGGAAAUCGGGGCUCAGGCUGGACCUCCUAUCUCCAUAGCUGGUCUGGAAUCAGAUAGACUUGAUAACUAAAUCUUGAUAAAUAACAACAAAAACACUGGGAGCACAUGCUAAGAUGUUACUGGGCCUUUUUUCUGUGAUAAACCUGUACUGAGCAGUGAUGCUGUAUAUUCAAAGCAGUGGCAAAUGAAUGGGAGAUAAUCUGGGGCAUUUACAAAAUUUUUGUGACACAAUAGAAAGGACCAAGGAAUGUGCCGGGAAAGAAUGAGUAGGUAUUGGGUAGAGAUAAAACCAAAACAUUUGAGAUGAAUAUUGAUUGAAUUAAAAGUGCAAUAGGUACAUUAGUCUCUUACCAAUGAAUGUUAACUGUGAUCUGGUUCUGUCUUCCAUAUUCUUACUAUUGAAAUGUACUUGUAUUUAUAAUAACAUUUACUGGACAUGAUUACACUUCCUUGAAAUGGAGCUCAUAAGGCAUUAUAAAGCAUCAUUAUCACAAUGAAAGUAUUGUGAAUGGAUAUAACACAUUGGGUAUAUCAUGUUGUAAGAAUAACAUUGUAUAAUACAUAUGAUGUGCACAAAUUAUAACAGGAAUUAAUCAAGGGCAUAACUGUAGUUAAUGGCAUAAUGUAACGUGAAUAUGAUAUUCAGAUGUAUGAUAACUUUGCAAGAAAAUUUUACUUACUUCUACUGGGCUUGUACUGGGUAGCACAGCACAAUUGAAGGACUUUACUGGUGUUUUAGCUCUUUUGGUACAAAUAAUACACAUGCUUUACAUUUCUUCCAACUGUUUUUAAGGGCAUAUUUGCGUGUUAUAGACGUGAAUGUGUUUUCACUACCUAAGAGGCAGCCACCUUUUCCUUUUAUUGCAGUAUGAAAAUUAACAGGAAACUUGCUCAGUACCUCAUUGUUUAAAAUCAUCUCUACUUUUCCUUUUUACUAGUUUUGUCUGGGAGGUAAAAAAAAAAACCAUUAAGAAAUUUUCACUGCUUUAGAAAACAAUUAAUUAAAAUCUUUUCAGUAAUUCUAUCAAAAUACUUUCGAGUACAAAGAAGUGCAUAUCUAACAUUCUCAGGUUCACCUGAUCUAGAUGACUGAGCAAUAUCAUAUUUAGUGUAUUUGCACUUUUUCUGAUGGAUUUUGCAGUUGUUCACUAAUGCCUCAAAUCUGAAGUCAGAAGCAGUUAAAACUUUCAUUUAUGUUGUGUGAGUUGUGGGUUAUCAUGUCCUGUAGUGAUGGAUUUUGUUUUGGUUUCUGUGUAUUUUGUUGUUAUGGUUUGUUGUGGUUGUUAUUAUUUAAUACCAAACUAUUAUAUUCAAGGUUUCCAUUUCUGUUUUGGGAAUCCUUUCUGGUUUUGUUGCUUGUUGUGCUGCUGUUAAAUCUCUGAACAUGAGAGAUUUGUUGCAACUCCAUCUGAAGACAGCUGUCUUGUUGAAGGACAGUUCCCAUGACAGCAAGCACAUCCCCCCUGCUUAAGUGACCUUGAGCAUGACUCCCUAGCAGACCCAUGGGUGCUGCUUUUUACAGUGUCUCAUCAUGACCUCUGACCUCCCUGUUGAGAUGGGAGUGGGUGGGACAUAAUUUGCACAGAAGCCCCCCUUCCCCUAAAAUUCACAUCCACACAGUUUAACAUUACAUUAAUACAUUUUUGCUCAAGUCUUACCGGUGAUGAAGCUAAUUGGCCUGUUUGUUUUCUCAUUCCAGUGGCAGCUUUUUUGUGAUUGCUUCAGUGUGAGUGAAUGUAUUUUUAUCCAAGGCUUUUAUAUUUAUGACAGUUAAUGUCAGCAUAAACUAUGAGAGAUUACCGUAACUAUAAAAUAUUAUCUGUACAAGAGUGAAUGGGCAUUUACUAGCAGUGAGUUUCUGCUAAAAACUUAAUUUACGUGAGACAAAGAGAGUUCUGGGUUUUUCUGGUUUAUUUCUAACUGUAAACGAAAAAUAAAGUCAAC